AUAUAUUUAGGAAAGUGAUUAACAAUCACAUACGGUGUUCAUGAUCAUGUAUAUAGAAGAUAAGCAAAACGUCUAUCUAGUUUUAAAGAUUAUUAUAAGGUAUUAGAAUUCUAAAUAUGACUCUGCCUUUACAAAUACCUCCGUGUGCGAAAAGAAAUGGCCUAAGUGGCCUCGGCUGUGAACGUUUUGAGUACGCAAGUACUAUGGCCACAACGUUAUUGGCACCAGUUAAAACUGAGCGCGAGAUACUGGAACACUCAAUGUCCGAAGAUGAUCCGAAUGCCAACGUCCAGCCGAGGAGUGAAGUAUGUAACCAGCCCCGGUGGGGACCUCGACAUCGAGGUGCACAAGAGCUGGCUGAAUUAUAUAGUCCAGGAAAACGGUUGCAAGAAUGGGUAUGUGUUGUAGUCUGCUGCACACUAUGCAUAAGUGCAGGCCUUCUCAUGGCUAAAUAUUUACGUGCUGAUGCUUCAUUGUUACUGGCAGCAAUAGCUGGUGUACUCACAGCAGACUUUGCCUCGGGUGUAGUCCAUUGGGCAGCUGAUACAUGGGGAGCAGUAGAUCUACCGAUAAUAGGCAAGAACUUUUUGCGGCCAUUUCGUGAACAUCACAUCGAUCCAACAUCAAUAACACGCCAUGAUUUUAUAGAGACAAAUGGUGACAAUUUUGCUAUCACCAUACCUGUAUUGGGAAGAAUCGUGUGGCAGCUGCUUACUUAUGAUAAGUACCAUAUCGAUGAUCAAUUCCAUUGGAUCGCAUAUUGGUAUUUGUGCUGUAUUUUUGUGGCAAUGACAAAUCAGAUUCAUAAAUGGUCACACACAUACUUCGGCCUACCAGCGUGGGUAGUUCUACUCCAGGAGUGGCACAUAGUGUUGCCGCGUCGACACCACCGCAUACACCACGUGGCGCCGCACGAGACUUACUUUUGUAUUACUACUGGCUGGUUAAACUGGCCUUUAGAAAAAUUACACUUUUGGUCCACACUUGAAACUAUCAUAGAAGCUUUAACAGGCUGCAAGCCUCGCGCUGAUGAUUUGAAAUGGGCUCAGAAGCGUUCCUAGAAUUAACACUGUCCAUAUACCAAUUUUUAUACCGCUGCAGCUAGUAUAAACGCAACUGUUGAUAUAUUUGUAGCAAUAAUAAUAGAUUGCUAAGAUUUUCUCGCUAUAAUGAGUUGUAUUGCUUAGGGAUAAGUAUUGAUAUAAAAAGAAAAAAAUCUUAACAUAUAUUUGAAAAUGAAAUAAGCAAUUAAUAACUUUGAAGUUUUUUGCAUUUUUAUAAGAAUCUUAUUUAGAUUUUAGUGGAUUGAAUAAACAUUUUCUUAUUUAAUCAUUAUCAAUUUAACGAGUUAAUAAAAUAUUCCGCCUGGAGUUUCCUUUACCUUUAGCAUUGUACAUGUAAGGCGACUGAAAACUCAAAAUAUAUAACAAAUAUUGAUAA